CACGCUGGGAUCGCGGCGGCUCCCGGGAGCGAUUCCCGGGAGCGAUUCCCGCAGCGAUUCCCGGGAGCGAUUCCCGCAGCGAUUUCCGGGAGCGGUUCCCCGGAGCGAUUCCCGCAGCGAUGUUCCGCCGUCCGCCGCGCAACUUCCGCGGCCGGCGGCGCGCAGCCUCCAGCGGCAGCAGCGAGGGCGAGCCGGAGCCGGAGCCGGAGCCGCGGGCGGAGCCGGCCGCAGCCCCGUCCCCGGACUCGGGCGCCAGCUCGCCCUCGGAGCGGGAAGCGGAGCCCGAGGAGGCAGAGGGCGAUCCCGGCGCGGAAGGGCCGCUGCCCGCGGAGGAGCCGGCCCGCAGCCCCCGCGGCCGGGCGCGCAGAGCCGGGGCGGGCACGGGCCCGGGGCAGCGCCGAGCCGGGGCCGCAGCGGGGCCGGGCCGCGCCGGGAAGGAGCUGCUGAGCUUCGGCGGCGAGGAGGAGCGGGAAGGUGAAGAGUUUUUUAAAGUUAAAAAGCCAUCCUUCAACGAAGUAACCUUUAGAAUUAAAAAGAAGGAAAGCUUACUGCCUGCACAGACAGAAGCUGAAGAAAGCAAAAAAAUCUGUCAGUUGGAGCCUGGAGUUGGCAACACCAAAGAUGCUCGUGAAGAGGAUGAGGACAAUGAGGAUGAAACUUAUUCUUCACUGAAUGAGGAUUACAACAGCUCAGAUUCUGAAAAUGAAUCCAGCUCUCCACAAAGGAGGAAGGAUUUAUCACCAGGCAAUAUCCCCAGUGCAGCUCACGUUGAGGCUGCUCGGAGGAAGCGUCACUUAGCCAGGACAGAGGCUGAUUAUCUUGCCCUGGAUGUUUCAAACAGUCCUCAGGUCCUUCAGAGAAGAGGAAGCAGUGAUUUGGAGAGUGAAGAUGAGUCUGAAACAAAGAAUCUCGAUUUUGCUCCUAAAAUGAGAACUCUUAGGCAGAGGAUGACUGAAGACAUGGUGUCUCUGGGUGAUGCAUCAAGUGACGAUGAAGCCAAGUGGGAAGAACAGCAAAUAAAGAAAGCUGUUAAACUCUCUCAGGAAAUUUGUGAUGAUGCUUCUGUGUGUAAAUAUCAACCAACCAAACCCAAAUUUGAUACCUCUGUUUCUCUACCACCUGUGAAUCUGGAAAUUGUGAAGAAGAGAUUGACUGAAAGGAUAACGUCCUUACAGGAUGUGCACCGUGCCCACCAGAGAGAGUAUGAAAAAUAUAUGGAGGAUAUUGAGAGCUCAAAGAUGUCUGUCCAGGAGUUGGAGAAGUCUUCAGAUGCAGCUAUGAAUUACAAAUUCUACAGGACCAUGAAAACAUAUGUAGAAAACUUGAUAAACUGUUUGAAUGAAAAACUGAAGGACAUUAAUGAACUGGAGUGGGCUGUGCAUGCCCUUCUUCAGCAACGAGCCGUGAGAGUAUCGAAGCGAAGGCAAGAGGAGCUGAAAAAUGAAUCUGCUUAUGUUCAGCAUCUGACAAGUGGGAAUGACAAACCAGUGAAAAGCAAAUUGGAAGGUGAUGAGAAGACACAGGUUCUGGAAAUGUGUGAGCACCGAAGGGCUUGCAGGCGGCAGGCGAGGGAGCAAUUGGGAGAAGGAGAUCACCAUGAGGGCUUGUCGAGUGAUGAGGAGCUGACUCCCACAGAGCUGGAGGAGUUCCAGAAGAGCAAAGAUAACGUUUUAGAGGAUAGUAGGAAAAUCUUUGAAGAUGUACAUGCAGAUUUUUGUGACAUCAGAAAAAUCCUGUUGAAAUUCCAGGAAUGGAAAGAAAAGUUUCCUGACUCUUACUGUGAUGCUUACAUCAGUUUCUGCCUGCCUAAGCUACUAAACCCGUUGAUCAGAGUUCAGUUGAUAAGUUGGAAUCCUCUUGAGCAGACUUUUACAGAGUUGGAAGAGAUGCCCUGGUUCAAAGCUAUAGAAGAAUUCAGUGAUGCAGGAAAUGUAUCUGAAUCAAAAAGAGAUGAUGAUCAUGAUAAAGAAGUUUUGCCUAGAGUGAUUGAAAAAACUGUUCUUCCCAAAAUUACAGCAUUUGUGAAGAGUGUGUGGGAUCCUUUAUCUACUUCACAGACAAAGAACCUUGUACAGCUUUGCAAUAACAUCUUUGGAAGACAAAUCCUUUCCAAAAAUGAGUCCAGCCGAGCAAGAGAGGAUUUGAUGAACACGGUUGUCCUAAGAAUGAAGAAAUCUGUAGAGGAAGAUGUCUUUAUUCCUCUGUAUCCUAAAAGCACUGUGGAAGACAAGUCAUCACUACGUUCAAAAUUUCAAGAGAGACGAUUUUGGUCAGCUGUUAAGCUGCUCUCCAAUGUUGUUCUUUGGGAUGGGAUUGUCCAGGAAGACAAGGUGCGUGAUUUGGGACUGAGCAAGCUGCUGAAUCGUUACCUUCUCCUGAACAUCCUAAACACACCGCUAGGGCCAGAAAAUACUGAAAAGUGUAAUAAGGUGGUUGCAUGCCUUCCAGAAAGAUGGUUUCAAGAUCUCAAGGGUGGAUCAACUCUCCCUGAAUUACUGAACUUCAGCCAGCACUUGCUGCAAUGUGCUCGUGAGCUACACAAGGACAACCACAGUGAUGAAACAAAAGAAGUUCUUCUCCUGUUGGUGAAAAUUGGAGCUUUGCAUAUUGUAGAAGACUUCAUUGAAGAGCAUAAACUUGAACACCUUAAAGCAGUGACUGGGAAAUAGAAACCUUUGAAGGAAUGCUUACAUUACUGAAACAAGCCUGCUACUCACAGUAAACCAGUUCUAAUAUGAAACUUAAUUAGUGGAUCCUGUCUACUCAGAGGUAGUGGUAAUCGCUAUCUUGGUCUCACUAAAUACAUGAGGUGUUUUUCCAAAAUGUUUUUUACUAUGCCAUCUACUCCUAGAUUAGGCAGUAUUUAGAAGUUGCAGUUGUCAAAGCAAUGGUUCAGGCAUUCUAAAACGUGUGACAGUGCUUUACUGCUGUAUCCUUCUUGAAGGAAACUUGCAAACAGAAAGUGCCUGUGAACUUCAUCACUGCUAGCCAGUAAACAACUUGACAGGUUAUUUCCAGUACUAAUUGCCAAAUACCAUUUGACUCAGCAGUCACUGAGCUCUUCUGACUUGUGGUCCACAGAGAUUUUUGGUAGGGUUAUUGUUCAGCCAUUCCUAGCGAAAAGGAUUCAUGAUGCCCCUGAUACAGAAACAAGGGGGGCUCAGUGUGCAGGUAAGGAAUCAGGAUUUGCAGACACUGUGAUGAUGAGAAGAACAGAACAACUUCAGUUACUUUCUAGUAACUGGAGUUCUAGAAAUCUCCCUUUGCUUCCCAGUAAGCUCCACAGAACUUUACUUCUUCAUAUCCUUACUAGGAUAUUAUAUUAUUUCUAAUGUUUUGUAAUUUUGUAUAUUUGCAAUAAAUAUUGUUACAGAAUAACAGUGAUGUUUCAUUGUAAAAACUGUAAUGCAUCACAGAAUCUAUAUGUUCGUGACUAUUUCUCCAAAAUCUUCUGGGAAUAGAAUUUAACUCUUGUAGACUUAAUCCUUAUGCCUUCUUUUUAUAUUUUUUUAAGUUAAAAUAUAUUUUUGUAAAAUAUUUUAAUUGUAAAUAGGUUUGAUCAGUAUUACAGACAAAAGAUUAAAAAUAAUUAGGGUUUUUUUGAAAAUAAAAUAUUUUACUGUGGUAAUGACUCUUACAGCUCAUUUCUUUAAUGUGUGACAAAAUGUUAUGAAGUUGUAUGAAAAUAAGCCCUUCCAGUUCCACUAACAUACAGCAGCUUCAGGAUUUAUGUUAUAUGUAAAUGCCACUUUCUAAUAAUCAAUUUCUGCUGUUUUUCCUCUCAGAAUGCAACAAAAAUGCAACUGGUGAUCAGCAAUCACCACAAGCUCAUGAUCUCAUUGCUUUUCUCUUGUUCUGCUUUGCCUCAUGCCAGCUUGUC